AGAAUUAAUUACGUUGCUUGUCAAAAAAUAACCUAGGAAAGCUAGAAAAUUAGAGGCUUGUUAAAUGCAAAUAUUGAAAGUAGAGGGAUUGCGGCUUAUAAAUAGAUGGUAGAGAGAAGGAAAGGAGGGGAGGAGCGGAAACCAGCAGGCAGCUCAGCUCUAGCCACUACCACCAACCGAAUUCGAAUUAUGGGUGUUGAAAUUCAGAGCAAGAUCAACGACGACGCUAUUCAUGGCGCUGCCACGCCGCUCAUUCUCGGCUUACAGCCCUCUGCUCUCGUUGACCACGUGGCAAGAGUUGAUUGCUCCCUCCUCUCCCGGAUCCCUGGCGAGUCCGGCGGCUCCUUCCCUGUUGCGGCUGAAGAGCUGAAGUUCGUCUUGAGCGAGGUUAACAACCAUUUCGUUGCUUCUCCAGAAAAAGGGUCUUCAUUGAAGACCAUAGCAGGGGGUAGUGUUGCUAAUACAAUCCGAGGUCUGGCUGCUGGCUUUGGGAUCACUUGUGGCAUAAUAGGAGCUUGUGGGGACGAUGACGAGGGAAGCUUGUUCAUCGACAACAUGAGCUUCUACAAAGUUGAUCUGUCGAGAUUGAGGCUUAAAAUUGGGCCUACCGCCCAGUGUGUUUGCUUGGUUGACGAAUUGGGCAAUCGUACUAUGCGGCCAUGUCUCUCAAGUGCAGUGAAAGUUCAGGCUGAUGAUUUGACUACGUUGGAUCUGAGAGGUUCCAGGUGGCUAGUGAUGAGAUAUGGGAUAUUUAAUAUAGAAGUUAUUCAGGCAGCCAUUAAAAUUGCCAAGCAAGAAGGUGUUUCAGUUUCCCUAGACCUGGCAAGCUUUGAGAUGGUAAGGAAAUUCAGAUUGCCACUUCUACAGCUGCUGGAAUCGGGGGGUAUAGACCUUUGCUUUGCGAAUGAGGACGAGGCUGCUGAGCUCUUGAGUAGUGAAGACGAGAAAGCAGAUCCUGAAUCAGCUCUUGAAUUCCUGGGGAAACACUGCCGAUGGGCUGUAGUGACUCUAGGCGCAAAAGGGUGCAUUGCGAAGCAUGGGAAAGAGGUUGUCCGAAUUCCAGCAAUUGGGGAGUCGAAGGCAGUUGAUGCAACCGGAGCGGGAGACCUCUUUGCUAGCGGGUUUCUGUACGGGCUGGUGAAGGGGCGGACGCUGGAGGAGUGCUGCAAGAUCGGGUCUUGCAGCGGUGGCUCAGUCAUCCGUGAGCUCGGUGGCGAGGUAACUCGAGAGAACUGGCAGUGGAUGUAUAAACAAAUGCAGACGAAGGGGCUUCCUAUACCCGACCACAACAAUUUUGUUUAUGAGAAGUCAUGAUGAGAGUCAGUAUUCCUUAUAUUAGCCAAUCUGGAAUUGCAUCCUCAAUGGCAAUGGUUUGUUUUUUUAUUAGCCUGCCAAGUGCUGUCUUUGUUAACCUUUGCAGACAAUGUGGAGACUCAUUUCUUAUUAUUCAACCUACAUAAAUCUAAAUUUUCUGAUUCACCAGCA